AUGAGAAGUACUUAUCUGAGCAAAUAUUACCUCUCUUAUUUAAAUCGCCUCCCCAUUUGUGUUUCACAUAAUAACAUCUUCUUCUUCUUCUUCUUCUUCUUUUUCUUCUUCGUCAGUCCUUCUUCGUCGUCAGUUCUUCGUCUUCUUCGUCAGUCCUUCUUCGUCAGUUCUAUUUUUCUUUCUACUUCUUCUUCAGUUCCUUUUCUUCUUCUUCUUCAGUCCUUCUUCUUCCUCAUUUCUUCUCCUUCUUCUUUGGCUUCUUCUUCUUCUCUUCUUCUUUUUCUUCUUCUUCUUCUUUUUCUUCUUCGUCAGUCCUUCUUCGUCGCCAGUUCUUCUUCUUCUUCAGUUUUUCUUCUUCUUCGUCAGUCCUUCUCCUUCGUCAGUUCUUCUUCUUCGCCUCUUCCUCCUCCUCCUCCUCCUUCUUCUUCUUCGUCAAUUCUUCUCCCUCUUCGUCAUUUCUUCUUCUUCUUCUUUUUCUUCUUCUUCUUCGUGCUGUUACGGUCUGCACAUGGUUAUUUAUCUUUUUUUUAUUCUUAUUCAUCUAUCUAUCUAUCUAUCUAUCUAUCUAUCUAUCUAUCUAUCUAUCUAUCCCAGUCUGCUAUCUAUCUAGCAAUUUCUUUUCUUUUAUGUUCGAUUUUCUCUUGGUUUCUCCUUGUACUUUCAUCUGCCGACUUGAUCCUUUGUUCCAAAUUUUCUUCUUAUUUCAUUCUAUAUAUUUCCUCAUUCAUUUUUUUCUUUACUCUUUUUUUCUUUCCUUCCGAUGUUUAA